ACUCUUUGAAUGAUCAGAUCAUUGGAACCAAAUGAGAGAAGAUGUUGGCCGGAGCUGCUAAAUCACUUGGUAUAUAUGUACAAUUCCACACAACAUCGUGCUACUGGGUUCUCUCCUUAUAAAUUGACGUACGGCCGUGAGCCAACCAUUCCUUAGAUCAGCUACUCAACAGGGCCUGUAAAGAUUCGGACAGUGAUUAAGUGCAGAAUCAAGGAGAUGCUUUAAAGGAAGCUAUGACCAUUGCUGAGAGCCAGAUCAAGAAAACAAGGGAGAAUGAUAAACGUCUACAUGAUAGACGAGUGCAGGUCAAACCAUUGGAAGUCGGGAAGCGAGUAUUGCAAAGCAAACUGCGUUUACUGGGAGACAAACUUGUUGAUAAAUACCACCGAGACCAGUGUGUAAUAGAGGCGGUGAAUGCUGAGCAGGAUGUAUACACUAUAAGACCUGUUUUAGGUGGAAAGUCAAAAACAGUGAAUCGGAAAUUAAUCAUCCUUGAUCCUCGACUGGAAAUUUGUAAUGAGGAACCAGAAGAGUGGCCAUUGCCUGCUCCACAAAUGGGUGACAACAUGAAUGAGAAACCUUCAGUGAGCAGUGAGGACUCGUCAGAUGAUGAAGCUGAGUUUCAUUUAAGAAUUGAAGUUCCAGAUGAUGUCAUUCCCUUGAAUACGGUUAGUGAGCAUAACGAUAAACAAUUGAGACGUUCAGCCCGUCCAAAUAAAGGAGUACAUCAUAAUCCUGCAAAGUGGCCGAAAUCUGUUCUUAAACAGUAAUUGUGUGUUUUA